AUCCCGGUGGAGCAGAUGAGCAAGGACGAGCGGCUGGCGGCGCAGAACGAGUGCCAGGUCCUCAAGCUGCUCAGCCACCCCAACGUCAUCGAGUACUACGAGAACUUCCUGGAGGACAAGGCGCUCAUGAUCGCCAUGGAGUACGCCCCAGGGGGCACGCUGGCGGAGUUUAUUCAUAAGCGCUGCAACUCCUUGCUGGAUGAGGAUACCAUCCUGCACUUCUUCGUGCAGAUCCUCCUGGCUCUCCACCACGUGCACACCAAGCAGAUCCUGCACCGUGACCUGAAGACUCAGAACAUCCUCUUGGACAAGCAUCGCAUGAUUGUCAAGAUCGGAGACUUUGGUAUCUCCAAAAUCUUGAGCAGCAAGAGUAAAGCCUACACGGUUGUGGGAACUCCGUGCUACAUCUCCCCAGAGCUCUGUGAAGGGAAGCCUUACAACCAGAAGAGUGAUAUUUGGGCUUUGGGCUGUGUGCUGUACGAACUCGCCAGCCUCAAGAGGGCUUUCGAAGCUGCGAAUCUUCCUGCCUUGGUACUGAAGAUCAUGAGUGGGACGUUUGCCCCAAUAUCAGAUAGAUACAGCCCCGACCUGCGCCAGCUCAUCCUUAGCAUGCUGAACCUGGAUCCUUCCAAGCGGCCCCAGCUGAAUGAGAUCAUGGCCCAGGCCAUCUGCAUUCGGCCCCUUCUGAACCUCUACACUGAUGUGGGCAGUGUCAAAAUGAGAAGGCCUGAAAAACCCUUGGCUCCGGUGCCGACAGUGACCCACAGCCGGAACGGGGGACGAGUGAGCAGUGCCAGGCCGAGGGGUGUUCGAGGUGGUUCAGCCAGGACGGGAAUCCCUCCUCCGCUGUCGUCCAUCUACACCUGGGGGAGCGGGAUCACCACCCCCCUCCGCCUGCCCAUGCUUAACACCGAAGUGGUGCAGGUGUCUGCCGGCAGGACGCAGAAGGCCGGGGUCACCAAAUCGGGGCGGCUCAUCCUGUGGGAGGCUCCCCCGAUGGGUGCUGCGGGAGGCCCUUCUCUCCCAGGAGCCACCGAGCAGCUCCAGCCUCAGUUUGUGUCCCGCUUUCUGGAGGGCCAGUCUGGCGUGACCAUCAAACACGUGUCCUGCGGUGAUCUCUUCACAGCCUGCCUCACAGACAGGGGGAUAAUCAUGACUUUCGGCAGCGGCAGCAAUGGCUGUUUGGGGCACGGAAACUUCACGGACGUAAGCCAGCCCAAGAUCGUGGAGGCCCUGCUGGGCUACGAGAUGGUGCAGGUGGCCUGUGGUGCGUCUCACGUCCUGGCGGUUUCCAACGAACGGGAAGUGUUUGCCUGGGGCAGGGGGGAUAAUGGUCGGCUUGGGCUGGGUACCCUGGAGUGCCACAACUCCCCCCAGCAGGUCGCAGUCCCACCGGACCACGAGGCUCAGAGGGUCAUCUGCGGCAUCGAUUCCUCCAUGGUCCUCACAGUGAAGAACCAGAUCCUCGCUUGUGGGAGCAACAGGUGUAACAAGCUGGGCCUAGAUCGGAUCAGCUCAGCAGAGGAGCCUUCCUCAGAGGACCAGGUGGAAGAGGCCACCAUGUUCAUGUGUGCCCAGUCGUCCCCCUUGAACCAAGAGCCGAUUGUGUGUGCUGACAUCGGUACAGCGCACUCAGCUGCAGUCACAGCUUCUGGCCAGUGUUACACCUUUGGGAGCAACCAGCACGGGCAGCUGGGCACCAACUCCUGCCGCAACAGCCGCGUACCCCACCUGGUUGUGGGGCUCCAGGCGAUGAAGGUCACCGUGGUGGCUUGUGGGGAUGCCUUCACUGUGGCUAUCGGAGCAGACGGCGAGGUGUGCACUUGGGGGAAAGGAGCCAGGGGACGCCUGGGCAGGAAGGACGAGGAAACGGGAGCGCCGAGACCUGUGCAGCUGGAGGAGACGCAUCCAUACCUGGUGACCUCCGUAGCCUGCUGCCACGGGAACACACUGCUGGCAGUAAAGCCUGCCGUGGAAGAGUCACCCUCCCAGUGA